GGGCCCUCCUUUGCUGAAGCGCAGCAGCAGCAGCAGCAGCGGCACAGUGGGUAACUAGAGUACAGCUCUGCGCUAUCCGGCACUGUGAGUCAGCUGAGCUGCCGGGAUCAUCAGAGGCGAUGGGGAAUGAAUGAAUGAGAGAGACAGAGAGAGAGAGAGUGAGAGAGAAGGGGACCCUGCAGGAUCUGGAUACAGAAAGGCGAACUCUGGAGAUGCGCGGAGCUGUGAGUCCGACACGGAAAUACUGAAGUGAUCGGAGCAAGCUUGUUGACGCAUAAUCCCACCCGCCCCGCUGGCACUGGGAGGGGGCAAAUCUAGCCUGCCUAAACUCAAAUCCUCCAAAAGAGAUUUACUGCGUGUGUGCGCUGCUGCUGCGGGUUCAUCCACCUCCGAGAAGACAUUCCUUCAAUUUUCAUUUUAUUUUCGACCACUUCUCUAUAGCGCUCCGUGGUGAUCAUAUAUUUUCAUAUUUUCUGGAAGACAGCCUAUAUAUAUCUCGAUUUGAAGCAGAGGACCUAAUGCGCUAUAAUAAUUAGGGUAUUAAGUCCCCUGUUGGAUUCGGCACUGUCACUGCGUCGCGGAGGGGUGGGCGGUUUGUUGGAUGCGUCCUGAGGUGUGGACAGGACCUGCCCGUGCAUCAUCACCGUCAUUCAUCAUCACAGGUAUUUGAUCGUGAUUGUGUUGAUUACACCGGAGAUCUGGAGCCAUGACAGGCCCCCCGCUGAUCCUACAGCCCGCCUGCUGACGGUACCGGGCAGGAUGGGAGCAGGUCUGUCGCUUACAGGAUUCCGAACCAGCCAAUUUAUCAAUGGAGGAAGAGAGUGACACCCGGAAAAUCAACAACAGCUUCCUUCGCGACCACAACUAUGCAACCGAAGCUGACAUUAUCUCAACGGUCGAGUUUAACUCAUCGGGGGAGCUGUUGGCCACAGGGGAUAAAGGAGGCAGAGUGGUUGUCUUCCAGAGGGAGCAGGAGAGUAAGAGCCAGCCCCAGCGUAGAGGGGAGUACAAUGUUUACAGCACAUUCCAGAGCCACGAGCCGGAGUUUGACUACCUGAAGAGUUUGGAGAUUGAGGAGAAGAUCAACAAGAUCAAAUGGCUUCCUCAGCAGAACGCCGCCUACUUCUUGCUAUCCACCAACGACAAGACGGUGAAGCUGUGGAAGAUCAGCGAGAGGGACAAGCGUCCGGAGGGUUAUAACCUGAAGGAUGAGGAUGGACGGAUCAGGAAUCCGUCGACCAUCACCUCGCUACGGGUGCCGGUGCUGCAGCCUAUGGACUUGAUGGUUGAGGCUACAGCCAGGCGUGUAUUCAGCAAUGCCCACACCUACCACAUCAACUCCAUCUCUGUCAACUCCGACCUGCAGACGUUCAUCUCCACUGACGACCUCAGGGUGAACCUGUGGAACCUGGAGAUUACCGAUCGCAGCUUCAACAUCGUGGACAUCAAGCCAGCCAACAUGGAGGAGCUGACAGAGGUGAUCACCUCAGCUGAGUUUCAUCCCCAGCAGUGUCACACCUUUGCCUACAGCAGCAGCAAAGGCUCAAUACGUCUGUGUGACAUGAGACAGGCUGCGCUCUGCGACAAACACUGCAAAUACUUUGAGGAGCCAGAGGACCCCUCCACUCGCUCCUUUUUCUCUGAAAUCAUCUCAUCCAUUUCUGACGUGAAGUUCAGCCACAAUGGACGCUACCUGAUGACAAGGGACUACCUCACUGUCAAGGUGUGGGACCUUCAAAUGGAGAACAAACCUCUAGAGACGUACCAGGUUCACGACUAUUUACGAGGAAAACUUUGUUCUCUGUACGAGAAUGACUGCAUCUUUGACAAGUUUGAGUGUGUCUGGAAUGGAUCAGACAGUGUCAUAAUGACUGGCUCCUAUAACAAUUUUUUCCGAAUGUUUGACCGGAACACUAAACGUGACGUCACACUGGAAGCGUCCAGGGAGAACAGCAAACCCAGAGCCAUUCUCAAACCUCGCAAGGUGUGUGUGGGUGGGAAGCGUCGUAAGGAUGAGAUCAGUGUAGACAGCCUAGACUUCAGCAAGAAGAUCCUUCACACUACAUGGCACCCACAUGAAAACAUCAUCGCUGUAGCGGCCACCAACAACCUCUACAUCUUCCAAGACAAGGUCAACUAAAGGGCAGUCUGCCUCUGCUGACCCCUGACCCCCACACAUGAGGGGCUGGGUUGGGGGAAAGAGAGAUGGAGCCCUUAUUUACAUCCUUCUCCUCCUCUCCCUACGUCUUGUUGCUGCCGGUCUUGAAUUUUGCCGCCCUUCUGAGGAAGUGCAGAGAUGAGUAUCCAGUGACUGAACUGGAUAAAUAGACAGUGGGAAUUUUGGGAAGCAGGGAAUUGAUAGAACCUGGAUACAACUUGAGGAAAAAGGUUCCUCGAAAAUCAAGAAUGGACUUUCAUUCUUCAAUUUGACUUCUAAUUUAAUUUAUUUAGCCAUGCCAACACCCGGAGAAGUGAAUCCUGUGCAUUUAUGCAACAAGAGGAUUGCUGCAUGAAUACCAUGAUGUAGCAGCCCUCUGCACCCUGAAGAAAGGGGUUCGAUGUGGGUACACUGAACAUAAAGUAGAGCACACAGACAGAAACCUAGCUUACAUGAUGGUGGCUCAUUGUCAUGUAGCAACAGUGCCCCCUCUCUUUCAAUCUGCUCAUGCUACAGUGCAUGUGAUCAGUCCUGCGGCCCUCUAACUGAGGCAAAGUUGUGACAGUGCAACCCUCUGCAAAACAAAAGCGGAAGAGACUGUUAAUCCUUGACCCCAGAAACUGAGAGUUUUCUCUGCCUGUGACACAACGUGGUCAGUCUUUCUAGUACCAAUUCUGUGUCUCCUUGGUGAGACUGCUGUAGUCUGUAAUGUGAAUGAAGCCCUUCCAGGCUGUGUCAAUGGUUUUAUUUAAUGCUGUUGUUUUAUUGAGUCCUUCUCUCGGUCAAUGAGUCUGUUUAGAAGCUGUGGUGCCUUCUUUUGGUAUGUGGGGGUUCGAUGUAGUGGGAGCGGGAGGGGGGGAGGGGACUGAGUACAAGGCAGGAGUGUGAAUGUUUCAAAUGAAAUGUUAACUUAGGAAUUUUUCUUUUCUUUCUUUUUUUUUUCUCUCUUUCUCUUCAAACAAAAAUAAAAAAUCUCCACUGAGGUCCCGGGUGGAAAAAGUGCUUGAAGCAAUGUAGUCAAAAUUUACAUUUUAGCACCGGCUACAUGCUUGUGAGUUCAAGGGAGGACGCUGUGAUAUGUACAAAGUAAUUGUUGCUCUUAUCACAUUGCAGUCAGUCUGAUGCCAUCAGUUUGCAAGAGACACGACAAAACCUUUUUUUUUUCAGCAAAAUUCCUGUUGGAGAAAAAAAAUCGACAUUUUUGCAUUAUUUGCAUAGUACUGAAAAUGAUCUGUAGAUGGUAGAAACGUAAACUUCUCAUGUCCAAUUUUUGAAUUUAAGAUUUCUUGGCAUAACGUAAUGCUAGCAUAGCUCUUUUUGCAUGCGAUGGAUCUGAUUCUGAUGAACCUGACAGCCUGCACAUAGAUAUCUGAACAUCUACAGAUCAUAUGUGGCACUAUGCAAGUAAAAUACUUCUGCAGAAGUAGCCAGUUUAAAAUGUUUGAUUUGAGUUUGCUGCGGUGCCUGUCCAUGUUCCUCCUUUUGCUGAAGAUGUGUAACAUGGAACAGCAGCAGGUUGUAUUUCGGCACUCGGCUCGGAUCAGUUUGGAAAUCCUCUCUUGUCUCAGAUUUGUUUUAGAGCCAACUCCCAUAAAGGUAAGCAGUCAAAGGUCUAAAUGAACUCUGUGAAAUCAGGGAAUUAUUAAGUGUGAUUCCUUUAAACAGUAAUGUCUUCUAAACAACCUUCUUUGUGACACUAAUUGAAACAAAAAAAAAAAAAAAAACUUUUAUAGCUCAGAAUGUAUUGAAAUGCAAUUAAUUACCAUGCAGUCUUUAUGCUUACUGGACUUUCUUUGAAUAAAAAAGAAUAAAGAUGUGCAAGUUCAAAA